CGGCAGUUAGUAGCAGUUGAUAUUGGGUUGCAGUUAAAGGUGGGUGUUGCCCUUUGAUCACUCUACAUCAAACGUAAUACUGUUUCAAAUAUAUUCGUCAGUCGGUAAAAAGUCUUCGAGACAAAAUGUUGCAUAUAAGAGCUAAGGCAUCAAGACAGUAAAGUAUAAUGGAUUAUUUACCGAGUCUUUACGGAUGCAUGUUUUUGGUGGGCGUUUUGGGUAACGGGAGUCUUGGCUUAACAUUGUGUUGUGGUCCAGGAGCUAAAUCACGAAGUCCUUUGCUUUUCGGUCUAAUAGUUGCCGAUCUCCUCGUGUGUUGCUUAAGCGGUCCCAUAACAGCAGCUCUAUAUGUGCUUUCUUCUUGGACUCAAACCUGGCGUCAUGUUGCUUUGUUUAUACAGGCUUGGCCUGUUUCUGCCAGUACUUUAUUGAUGAUGGCAUUGUCUGUAGACCGUUAUCUUACCGUGAAAAAUUAUAGACCUGCCGGACAAGUGGCUCGUAGACGCUAUUUACUUACUACGGCUGUUGUUGUCACUUGGAUUUCAGCUGCAAUCUUAUCUGUAACUCAACUCAUUUCCAAACAUCCAUGGCGCAAAAGUUUAAUUGUUACUCAUAUAAUACUGGUCUACGUAAUGCCGGCUUGUGCUGUUCUUAUAAGCCACUUAGGAGUCCACGCCAAACUUACGGCUCUUUCUUUGACGGCCCGCGCCAAGCAUGGAGAACUGCCUCUCCCGAUGCCCUUGCUCAGAAGACCUACUCAUGUCAUCAUCGUCGCUGGAAUCCCCCAGCCAGCUAGAGAUAACUUGCGAGCCGCUGAAGCUAGCGUUGAAGAUCUUUCUCAGCCUCCAACCAGCACUCUUCGUAGCCGGCGCCGUCUUGCCAAUUCUCUGCUCUGGGUGGCCAUCUUGUUUGCUGUGUGCUGGAUUCCUUAUGUCGUGUGCCAAUUCUGUGGAGAACUCGGAGUCACUGCUCCACCACCGACUGUCCAACGCUACAGCUUAUUCCUCGGUCAUAUUCACUCGGCAUUUAGUCCCAUUUUGUACUGGACUCUGAACCACCAAUGGCCGCAACGUCCAUGCCGUUUCCGUUUUCCUGCUCUAUACAGAAGCGCGUCCUCUACAAAUGAAGCUGCUCUCGGACCAUUCCACCCCCGACUUGUACGUCCACCGCCAAUUCGUCGUCGGUCUUCCCACUAUCUUUACUGACUAUCAAUCUGUGAUUACUUGGCCUCACUCGGAGAACUACCUCAGGAUACAGAAAUACAUAUGUCUUCUUACUAAAAUUCGAAAUAGUUGUUGACUUUCACUUGCCACGUUGUUUCGAAAUCGGUUGGCAGAGACGGAUAUUAAUAUUUUGGCCGUCUGCGCUGAUUUUCGGAAUGAGUGUUAAGCGACUUAACAUGGUAUCACUUUACAAACGUUUCUCGAUUGGUCCAACUGAUAUACAUUAUCACAACUUAAAUAUACAAAAUAUUUUCAAAUUGACGUUUCUAUAAAAAUGUUUCAAAAAUAAUAUUUCGAAAAUGGCAUCCCAGGACAGUAUAUCCGAAAUAUUUCAAAAAUAAUGUUUCCAAAAUACAUUUCCAAAACAAUAUUUCUAAAACAAUAGUUCCGAAAUAAUGUAGUAGUCCCAAAACAAUAUUUCUGAAAUAUUUCCAAAAAUAGCAUUUCAAAAAUAAUAUUUCCAAAUAUGUAACACUAGUAUAAUUAAUGUUCGACGUUAAAUACAUUGAUGGCUCUUUCUUUCUGUGGUAAUUAGUGGUGCUUAUAUAUCGUCGAAUCUAUUUUCGAAUUCUUUAAUCGGUGGAAUUAUAGAUGUUGUAACUCUCUAUUAAAUGUGAUGGUUUCAAUCUCUACUAAAAUCACGCUAUCACGCUAAGACAGUUCAAAGGAAAAUCUAUAAAACUAUCACAUAUGUUAGAAUUUAUUUUAUAUAAAAAACUAUACGAGGCAAAGAAAGAAUCAAUUAUAUAUUUAUUUUGUUAAAAAUAUAUGUUCUAUCUACAGAUUAUGUAAUGGAGUUGUUAGAUUUAAACAGUCGAAUAGGAUAUAUUUUUGUUAUCGUUCCGAAGGAAUGAAGGAAAUUAAAGGAGAGAGACGGAGUGAGACAGAUAAACAGAAAGAGAGAGCGACGGCGGAGAGAGAGAGAGAGAGAGGGAGAGGGGUGACAAUGAAGUCGGUUUACAUUACUUUUACUCUUCUUAUGGCUUAUAAGAAUUUCAAAUUCAGCCUAACAAAUCAGCUCUUCUCAAAUGCCACAUUUAUACUUAAAUGUUUUAUAUGUAACUAAAUAUCUGGAUGUCCGAAAAAAAAUAUAACCGUCUUUUGUUUAGGUCUAUGUUAUGUUCUCUCUUACGGUAGAUAGAUAGAUGUAAAAAUAUAUAUAGAUGUUUCAUGGAAAUAUAUACAUGUAUUAAAUUCAGGAAACCAAAUUAAAUCCAGUCUCACUAUAAACAUCCGGCUCUAAAUUUUAUCUGGAAAACUGUACUCGGACAAAAAUUGUCUGACUAAAUCCGUGAAGUUCAGCGCGAGAACUUGAAAAAAAAAGUGUUUCUCAUGACGGACUUCAUGGAUUUAGAUAGACCACAAAGCUCGCUCAACAGCUCACUACUAAAGAAAAACUAAUCAAAACAGGAAUUUAUUUGUUUUUUUAUCAAUAUUACUAAAAAAUUCACCAUGGUAAAAGAGGCUUUAAAAGAAGAUAAAUCUUGUUGUAGACACAUAAGAGAGUUGUAGAAAGUAUACGACGAAAAAAAUGAUAACCUAUUGGUUUUGUGGUGUAUUGAUUUUAAAAAUUAUUCGUGUUUUAAACUGAUAUAAGCAUAGGCGCCGACUCAGUGACUGAAGUAUGACACUUAUUUGUUUAAAAUGUAACAAAAGUGUACAAAAGUGAAAUCAAUUCAUGAUAGUUUUUCGGGUUGCAACCGUGUAAAUUUUUUUUUGUGCUCAAUGUUUCGAACACUUUCGUAAGUGGUAUCUUCAGGCAAAAUAACACGGUAACUGACAUACCCUAAGUUACCAUGUUCUUUUGCCUUAUUUAACCCUGCCCCUGAAGAUGCCACUUACAAAAGUGUGCGAAAAGUUGAGCCCAAAAACUCAAUUUAGACGGUUCCAGCCCGGAAAACGAUCAUGUAUUGAUUCCGAUCGUGCAGCCUCCGAAAUUAUUAUAUUUCUUUCAGUUGCGAUACACAGGAAAAAAUGAUAAAAGACGGUGCCUAUGUUUGUAAGAGUUGUACACUAUACCUGCCACUGUGGUUACAAAAUAGGUGUUUCGUGAAUGUCAUUUAUGUUGUAGAUGAGAAUGUAAAAUAGAGUCCGACAAAUAGUGAACAUUGGCUUUGUGUUUCCAAAAUCCUCAUUGGAAGCUGCUGACGAUUUACAGCGUUUGCUGGUUCAGAUUGCCUAUCAAAAGUUUUGUGAAAUUGUUCACAUAGAGUCUUUAAGGCAAUCAGGGGUACACAUUGUUUGGUGGCUUCCGGUAAACACAUUGUGAAUGUUCACUACUUGGCGGACGCUACUUUAUUAGGAAAUGUUUUAGGUACUAAUGUCUUUCGUGAUUGACAAUGUAGUGGUAAUUUACAUUUCUUGGAGACGACCAACUUGUUGUCAUUAAAUGGUGUUAUACUUACGUGCCUUUUUGUUUUUGAAUUCAGGUACUAUUGUAUUCUUCUAUUUCUCGAUAUAUUAUUGCUCUGUAUUCGGAAAUAUGAAUAAACAUUGUUGUUUGAACGUA